CAAAGCCCCGUUUGCAACUGUCUUUAUGCACCCAUCAAUAUGCGAGUAUUAAUGAAGUCAAUGUGCCGAGCCCUGCUCAACCACCGAAUAGCGUGACCGCCCAAUCGUCCUGAGACAGUCCACCGGCACACCAUGAAAGCAGAGACAGUAGGCGCCUUAAUCUGUGCAACGGUCGCAGCUCUUGUUUACCUCAACACUCUACCCGCCAACUUCGCCUUUGACGAUAACUUUGCUGUGGUUCGUAAUGCCGAUGUGGUCCGUGACGACAGCCCGCUGUGGGGCCUGCUGGAGCAUGACUUCUGGGGUCAGCGUAUCUCCUCGGCGCAAAGCCACAAGUCCUUUCGCCCCCUCACGGUGCUGGCCUUCCGCCUCAUUCGCCGGUCCUGGGAUGCGCUGCCAGGGGGGUGGAGGCAGGCGGCAGCGGACUUCCGCCGUCGCAUGCUGUCGGCCUACCCGGGUGCUGGUUCCGAGGGAGGCGAGGGGGCAGCAGCAGCGGGCGGUGCGGUGGACCCGCUGCCCUUCCACGCGGCCAACCUGA